CUGAUGACGUCAGGGCCGGCUCGGCAGCAUGGCGUCCGUGACGCUGAGCGAGGCGGAGAAGGUGUACAUCGUGCACGGCAUCCAGGAAGACCUUCGGGUGGAUGGCCGUGGCUGUGAGGACUACCGGUGUGUGGAAGUGGAAACCGACGUGGUGUCCAACACCAGUGGGUCGGCCAGGGUCAAGCUGGGUCACACGGACAUCUUGGUGGGAGUGAAAGCCGAGAUGGGGACGCCGAAGCUGGAGAAACCAAAUGAAGGUUACUUGGAGUUCUUUGUUGACUGUUCAGCCAAUGCGACCCCUGAAUUUGAAGGUCGAGGAGGCGAUGACCUUGGCACAGAGAUCGCUAACACCCUGUCGCGGAUAUUCAGCAACAAGAGCAGCGUGGACCUGCAGGCCCUCUGCAUCAGCCCUGGGGAGCACUGCUGGACUCUCUAUGUGGACGUGCUGCUGCUGGAAUGUGGUGGAAAUUUGUUUGAUGCCAUCUCCAUUGCUGUGAAGGCUGCUGUCUUCAAUACAAGGAUACCAAGAGUUCGUGUCCUGGUGGAUGAAGAGGGGUCGAAGGACAUCGAACUCUCUGACGACCCUUAUGACUGCAUCCGGCUCAGUGUGGAGAAUGUCCCCUGCAUCGUCACCCUAUGCAAGAUUGGCUACCGGCAUGUGGUGGACGCCACUCUGCAGGAGGAGGCUUGCUCCUUGGCCAGCUUGCUGGUGUCCGUGACCAGCAAGGGAGUCGUGACGUGCAUGAGGAAAGUGGGGAAGGGCAGCCUGGAGCCAGAGAGCAUCUUCGAGAUGAUGGAGCAUCUCUGCAUGGCAGGAACACCAAAGACCCGAUCCAGACUGGCAAGCGAGUGGGCAAGGUGCUGCAUAGCUCCCUGCAGACCGUCCUGCACAAGGAAGAGAGCCUGGGGCCCAAGAGGCAGAAAGUCGGGUUCCUGGGGUGACACACACAUCACCCCGAUGGUGGGGCUUGGGUCUCCCUUUCCCUUUUAAGCUGAAGUUUGUAUUUAUUUUUCUGAAGUGUUACGAAUUGAAGGCAGCAUUUGUACAUGUGAAAUUAAAGUCUAUUUUCUGGUCUUGUUUGGUGUGCC